GGCCGCAGCCCGCUCCCACAGGGCGGCUGUGAUUGGCGCGGGCUCGCGAGCCUCCGGGGUCGUGACAUCGCCGAGCAACAAAAAGCCCCGGCGGCGGCGACCGGGCCACCCCCGGCAAUGGUGCGGAGCGGGCCGGGAGGCGGGCAGGACACCCGGCGCUGUCCCCCGGCGCGGCCGCUCCACGCGGGCCGGCAGCAGGCUGCUCUCCACCCUUUUUAAUUUUUUAUUUUUUUUGAAUUUUCCCUCCUCCCUCCUUUCUUUUUUAAGGGAGCGAAGUCAAGCUGCUUCUUCGUGUUGCUGCGGGAGUCUCGCUAAAUGUCUAUCUGGCUGGUGCGGGUGAUGCAAAGGACAUUUUUUAAAAGGAGCCUUUUAACUCCGUAGACACGUAGGGACCCCUCACGGGCAGGCAGACACACACACACAGGAGGAGGAGGAGGAAGAAGAAGAAGCAACAACUUUCCGAUCGCUGCUUUUAAAGGGAGAAGCCCUUCCCUGGCCGGGACUUGCCUUCUGCCUCCUCAACUAGCUGCUAAAAGUAUGUUUCAGAGGCGGACUGCACUUCAGGGAACUUCUAUUUUCUGCUCGGCAGCUGUAGAGGAGCAGCAGCGAAGUUUGGAGUAACACCAAGUGAUGCGGGAAAAACACCCCGAGAGCAGAAAACCCUCCUGCAGACACAACCCCUGCUGCUGCACACAGGUUGAUCAUGGUUGCCGCGACCCGCUCCGUCCUGGCGCUGCUGCUCUGCCAGGUGCUGCUGGGCGGCGCGGCCGGCCUCAUGCCGGAGGUGGGGCGGCGGCGCUUCAGCGAGACGGGCCGCGCCGCCUCGGCCGCGCAGCGCCCCGAGGACCUGCUCAGCGAGUUCGAGCUGCGUCUGCUCCACAUGUUCGGGCUCAAGCGGCGGCCCAGCCCCGGCAAGGACGUCGUCAUCCCCCCCUACAUGCUGGACCUCUACCGCCUGCACUCAGGGCAGCAGCUGGGGCAGCCGUCGGCCCUCGGCUACCCGCUGGAGAGGGCGGCCAGCCGCGCCAACACCGUCCGCAGCUUCCACCACGAAGAAGUUUUGGAAGAACUGCCAGAAACAAGUGGGAAAACAGCACGGCGCUUCUUCUUUAAUUUAACUUCCAUCCCUAAUGAGGAGUCUAUCACCUCAGCUGAACUCCAGAUUUUUCGGAAACAGGUGCACGGAACCUCAGAGAACAACAGCAGCUACCAUCACCGUAUUAAUAUUUAUGAAAUUAUAAAGCCAGCCACAGCCACCUCUAAGGACCCUGUCACAAGACUUUUGGACACCAGGUUGGUGCAUCAUAAUGCAAGUAAAUGGGAAAGUUUUGAUGUAACACCAGCUGUUUUGAGGUGGAUUGCACAUGGACAUCCUAAUCAUGGGUUUGUGGUAGAGGUGGUUCACUUGGACAAAGAGAACAGUGCCUCCAAGAGGCACGUUAGGAUUAGCAGGUCUUUACAUCAGGAUGAAGAUAGCUGGUCUCAGCUCAGGCCAUUAUUAGUAACGUUUGGGCAUGAUGGCAAGGGACACCCGCUUCAUAAAAGAGAAAAGCGUCAAGCGAAACACAAACAGCGUAAACGCCACAAAUACAGUUGCAAAAGGCAUCCGUUAUAUGUGGACUUCAAUGAUGUGGGGUGGAAUGACUGGAUUGUUGCCCCGCCGGGGUAUAGUGCCUUUUACUGCCACGGGGAAUGUCCUUUUCCGCUGGCAGAUCAUCUAAACUCAACAAACCAUGCCAUUGUUCAGACUUUGGUCAAUUCAGUGAAUUCCAAAAUCCCCAAGGCUUGCUGUGUGCCGACAGAACUGAGUGCUAUUUCCAUGCUCUACCUUGACGAGAAUGAAAAAGUUGUAUUAAAGAACUAUCAAGAUAUGGUUGUGGAGGGUUGUGGGUGCCGCUAACACAGCAAAUAUAUUAGAUAAAUGCAAAAAAAAAAAAAAAAAGACAAAAAAAAAAAUAA